CACAGAAUCAUAAUUUAGCACCACUGUUGGUUGAUUAAGGUCGAUAUAUUGUUGAAAAUUAGUAUUAUGGCCUGGAGCCACACAUCAUAUUGUGUAAUACUGCACACGUUUCUAUGUGGGGCUGUGCAUGUGUGUGUGUGUGUGAGAGAGAGAGAAAGAGCUACUGCUGUACAUUUCAGCACCACCCAUUUGGACAGUGGGUAGCAUCUGCGGCCUUUAUUUAUUUUUUUAUUUUUUUAUUAUACAUAUAAAAGCUUAUUUAUUUCUUAACUUCUUUAUUUCUUUAUUUCUCUAUUUCUUUCUUUCUUUCUUUCUUUCUUUCUUUCUUUCUUUCUUUCUUUCAUUUAUCGCCGAAUUAAAUGGCUACAUGGCAAAAGCUGAAGUGUAAAUACUACAGGUUUUACAUACAUACUACAACAUAUUAAAACAUGCAUUUUCAUUAAGUAAAAAAAAACAGCUAUAAUUUAACCUAAUUUAGCACCAACUUAUUAUUAUUAUUAUUGUUGUUGUUAUUAUUAUUAUUAUUAUUAUUAUUAUUUGCAACACUACAAGGGAUUUUCCAAUGCAGCCUCUCCCGUGUAUUGCUAUAGCAUUUUACCCUGCUAUUUAAUUUUCGGGUAAUAACAUGCCCAUUCUUUAUGUUCACAGCAAUUGUUUAUACCUUGUUACUUCAAAUUCUUUUUGCUUACAAAAAUAUUUGCCCUUAUAAUAACCUAUAUCAUGGGUCUGAAAUAUUUUAGAACACAAGUCUCCACUAGAUGCCGUAACACAAACAAAAGAAGGCUGGUUAUGCCUUUAAGAAACAGCAAAGCAUUUAUUGGAUGAGAGAGCCUUGAGCUUAGUACCAAUCGUGCUUCAGACCUUACAAAGGGAUCUACUCCCUCCCCCAGCCAAAGGAGGAGUACAAUGAUGAGAGCUGUAGAGCGAUAGGAAACACGAAAGCUUUAUGAGGCUGAUCCCCGCAACGAGGAUGGGAUGAAUAGUACAUUUUAAAAUGAAGAAUACCAUUCUGUUUUGUGGAUAUAAAUUGACGAUUUGUUGAUGGGAAUAUCAAGUGCAACAGAGAAAUGAGGCACAGGAGGAUCGGAGGGUGGAAAUGGGCAGCGCUUUGGCUGUUCGCUUUCUCUCUAUUGUGGAAUACAACUGGAGCUCAGGUUCGCUACACAAUACCCGAAGAGUUAAAAGAAGGAUCUAUCGUUGGAAAUAUCGCGAUGGAUCUUGGUUUUGACAUCUCAAAUAUCGCCGAGCGUAAGUUACGAAUAGCAUCUGAGUCGAAUAGACAAUAUUUUAGUGUGGAUUUAGGGAAAGGUGAUCUGGUAGUUAAUGGCAGAAUAGACCGAGAGACGCUCUGUGGACAAAGCGCCAGUUGUCUAAUGCCACUGCAGAUCGUUAUUGAGAAUCCACUACAGAUGCACAGCCUUGAGAUAGAAAUACAAGACAUAAAUGACAAUGCACCGAACUUCCACAAUAAACAUGCCACAUUAAAAAUUUCUGAGUUGACUGCUGCUGGCGCACGAUUUACUCUUGAAAGUGCCGAGGAUCUAGAUGUUGGAACUAAUAGCCUGAAAUCUUAUUCACUGAGCAACAACAAUUUUUUCCGUCUAAAUUUAAAAUCAUCUAAAAAUGACAGACUAGUACCAGAAUUAGUGCUUGAUAAACCUUUAGAUAGAGAAAAACAGGCAAUCCACAAGCUAACACUUACAGCUCUAGAUGGCGGUAAUCCAGUAAAAUCUGGCACGUCUGUAUUGGAAAUAACUGUUCAGGAUUUUAAUGACAAUGAGCCAAAAUUUGACGUUGCUGCAUACAAAGCAUCUGUUCUAGAAAGUGUUGGUUUUGGUUCAGUUGUGCUCAAAAUAAAAGCCACUGACUUGGAUGACGGCCUUAAUGGUGAAAUACAGUACUUAUUCGGUGCAAACACGCCUGAUCUCGUAAGAAACGUUUUUAGUGUUAACGCUGAAACCGGUGAAGUCACAGUCACUGGAAAACUAGAUUAUGAGACAACAAAAUCAUAUACGUUUGAUGUUUGUGCUAAAGAUAAAGGGAAUCCAGAGCUGGAGGGGCAGUCAUCGGUUCAGAUAGAUGUCAUAGAUGAGAAUGACAAUCUACCAGAGAUUAUACUGACAUCUUUACCGAGCCCUGUACCUGAAAAUGCAACGGUGGGAACUGUGGUGGCUUUGAUUACCGUCAAAGACCUGGACUCCGGUAAUAAUGGCAAAGUCCAGCUAACUGUCUCCCCGGAUGUUCCAUUUAAAUUGAAACCUUUUCAUAAUCAUUAUGCACUAAUAACUGACUCAUUAUUAGACCGUGAGGCUCAUUCUGAAUAUAACGUAGAAAUACUGGCCACGGACUCAGGUGUUCCGCCCUUAAAAACUGCGAAAACGAUAACUGUGAAAAUACUUGACGUGAAUGACAACCCUCCACUAUUCUCACAGUCCUCAUAUAACGUUCACAUAAACGAAAAUAAUCUGGCAGGCGCAUCACUGUUUUCUGUAAAAGCUUCUGAUACUGACCAGGACAAAAACGCUCUACUUACUUAUUCAAUUCUGGAUACAAAUUCUAAUCAAGUGCCAGCAUCGUCUUAUUUUUAUAUUAAUUCUGAAAAUGGAACAAUUUACUGCAUGAGCACAUUUGAUUAUGAAAAGUUAAAAUUGUUUAGUGUUGUAGUGCAGGCUAAAGAUCAGGGCUCUCCAUCUCUGAGCAGCAACGCAACUGUUCAUGUGUUUAUUUCGGACCGAAACGACAAUGCACCUGCUGUCAUUUACCCGUCCACAUCCAUGGGGUCUGUCACUCAUCAGAGGAUGCCCCGUUCUGCUAAAGCAGGACAUCUCGUUACUAAGGUAACAGCAGUGGACGCGGACUCGGGUCAUAAUGCCUGGCUGUUCUACAGACUCGCAGAGGCCACGGACGCGUCUCUGUUCAGUGUCAAUUUACAUACGGGAGAGGUGAGGACUAAACGCGCUGUUUCAGAGCACGAUGACUCCUCUCAGAGACUGCUAAUAGAAAUAAAGGAUAAUGGAGAACCAAUCCAAUCCACCACAGUCACAGUGGAUAUACUAAUAGAAGACGGCUUUCAUGAACCCAUCUUAGACUACAGAGAGAAAACUAUCGAGCCCAACAAGAAAACUGGCAAAAUUACUUUAUACCUCAUCAUCUCUUUGGCUUCCGUGUCCUUGUUGUGUCUGUUGACGUUUUUCAUUUUACUGGUGAAAUGUGCGCGAGGCAGUAGAGGCGGCUCAAGCUGCUGUAUCAGGAGGACACAUUCUGAAUACAAGAACCCCAAUAGAAACCUACAGAUUCAGCUCAACACUGACGGGCCCAUUAAGUAUGUGGAGGUUCUGGGAGGAGAUAUGAUGUCUCAGAGUCAGUCCUUUGGCUCGUAUCUCUCUCCAAUGUCAGAAUUCAGUGAUCUCACCCUCGUUAAGCCCAGCAGCACCACAAAUUUUACAGAUACACUAAACGUGCUUGAUGCGUCAUUACCAGACAGUGCGUGGACGUUCGAGAGCCAACAGGUGAGACAAACCUAAAUGUGAAAAGUUAAUGUUUUUACAUACGCUAUUAUUUAUACUUAACAGAGAUAGGGGAAGGCUACUUUCAGCACCUUGGAAAGCGCCAUGUGUACGUUUAUCUGUGCAAAGCACCUUUUUUUGCAACAGACAGACAACAGACAGACAGACAGACACACACACACACACACACACAUACAUACAUACAUAUAUAUACAUAUAUAUGUGUGUGUGUGUGUGUAUGUGUGUGUAGUACAAAGACAACACAUAAAAUAUGACCACACAUGAUACAUAAUGCUCUUUUUUUUCUAUUGUAUUGUUCUUUGGUGUGAGUUUGAUAGUAAGUGCUGAUGCUGCGCCUUUAAGAGGGUACUGCUUAUUGGUUAUUGCGAUUUAUCUCUGCACCAAUCACAUGCAGAAUUGUACAAAGAGAUCUACUCCCUCCCCCACUGACAUUACAACGCUCAGUGUAAGCGGAGAGAGGGGAUGCUCUGAUCUCUCCUAUAAAAUGGAUUCUAACAUAUUUUUGAGACAAAAUGGACAAGCAAAAUUGUCGUCGUGGUGGGAUCCGUAGUUUUUAUUAGAACGAGGAAUCGCCUGGAUUUAAAAUCAA